AUGAUUCGAUCAAUUGGAGCCACCACCGCCAUGGCUCUUCUCGACGGUGAGGGAAUGGGAGUUGAUUCACCUUCCAAAACUCGCCGGCAUUCGGACAAGACAAGAGACAGUGGAAGACAGGUUCCUUCUCCAAUCCGAGGGAGAAUGGAAUCAACACUCAUACCGACAUUGAAAUUGAAAGAAAGAACUAUUGCCAGUAUCAUAAAAAGUGAUGAUGAUACUCUCGUCAUUUUGGAUUUGGACGAGGAAUUGGUCCAUAUUCUUCACUGCAUCAAGAGAAACAAUCGAUUUGUUUUGCCGGUUUCCUUUAAUGUGGAUCCUUCUGAUAUUCGCCAUCUGAAAAAUAGUUUUGGAGAGGUAAUGACUAAGCUUGAGAAUAAAUACAAGAAUGUUAUGAACAAGGUGGACACAUGGAAGAAGGCUCUGAAAGAAGUAGCUAGUUUGUCUGGUCAUCAUUUCAAGGAUGGGCAUCGAUAUGAACAUGAGAUUAUUAAAAACAUCGUAGAAGACAUUUCAAUAAAGAUUGGACGUCUACCUUUGCCAGUGGCUGACUUCCCUGUUGGACUUGAGUUUCCAGUGUCAAAAGUAAUUUCCCUUUUAGAAAUGGAUUCUACUGAUCAAGUUCACAUGGAAAGGAUACAUGGAAUUGGUGGCAUAGGAAAAAUAACACUUGCUCUUGCUCUUUAUAACUUGAUUGCUGACAAUUUUGAAGAGGAAAAGGUCCAUAUCCUUCACUGCAUCAAGAGAAACAAUCGGUUUGUUUUGCCAGUUUUCUUUAAUGUGUAUCCUUCUGAUGUGUAUCAUCUGAAACAUAGUUUUGGAGAAGCAAUGGCUAAGCUUGAGAACACAUACAAUAAUGUUAGGAACAAGGCAGACAGAUGGAAGAAGGCUUUGAAAGAAGUAGCUGGUUUGUCUGGUCAUCAUUUCAAAGACGGGCAUCGAUAUGAACAUGAGUUUAUUAAAAACAUCAUGGAAGACAUUUCAGGAAAGAUUGUUCGGCUACCUUUGCCAGUGGCUAACUUCCCUGUUGGACUUGAGUUUCCAAUGUCAAAAAUAAUUUCCCUUUUGGAAAUGGAUUCUACUGAUCGAAUUCACAUGGUAGGGAUACAUGGAAUUGGUGGAAAAGGAAAAAUAAGCUCUUGCUCUUUAUAA